AUGGCGGAAAGAGGACUCAGUCACCCGAAGCGUUAUAUCACCACUCAUAAUGCUAAGGGCCAAGCCAUCCUCGAUGAAUCAAUACCCGCAGAAGCGCCUUUCUACACACUUCCCAAAGGAACCGCCGCUUUUGCUCAGUGCUACGUUACCGGGGCAUUCCCGACCAAACUUGAGAACGAUGAGGAUCUCGGGGUGUAUCGAGACUACCUUGCUUCUCCUCCCGGUCUGACUGUAUCCAGCGGCACUGUAUUGCGAUACGUCGACAUGCCACCAGAUACUUUGUCGCCAAUGCACCGUACCAUCAGCUUGGACUACGGUGUCGUGUUAGAGGGAGAUAUUGAGUUGGUCCUCGACUCUGGUGAGACGAAGCUGCUUCACAGAGGGGAUAUUUGCAUCCAGCGCGGGACGAUGCACGCCUGGCGCAAUACGAGCAAGACGAGCUGGGCGCGGAUGCUCUAUGUUCUUCAGCCAGCCGACAAGUUUACUAUUGGAGGGGAGGAGGCCAAGGAGGACUACGGUGACAUGCCUGGUGUAAGGUCUUCUAGCUAG